UUAGUAGUUGAAAAUUAUAAAUUUUGUUUUCACAAAGAACUGAAGGAUGGAGUGAGAAGGUGGUGCUGCGUUAUAAAAACUCACCGAACACAUUCAUCUGAAAUUUCACUAAUUUUUAUUUGUUGACGAGGAACCCUUUACACUCCAAGGUUUUUUUUGUACAUCGCUUUUCGGACACACACUCAUAGAGAUAAUACUUCCACAAACAAUUUGGGAAGCAAUGAAAGAGGAAGUGAAAUCCAAAAAGGUAGAAGAAAUCGAAGUGGAAUCACCAUUGUUACAGAAAAUAGUCGGCACUUCAGAAAACGGGUGCUGCCUAAUUCAUAACAAAACAAAGCGAGCCCAGAAAGUGAGCACCUUCCGAGAUGCUCACUGGGAGGGCGAAGAACAAAAUCUGAUCAAAGAAUAUUGGCAGAACCAAGAACACCUGAAAAAAGGGAAGGAAUAUGGACCCUUCCUCUACGGGGCAGAUAUAAUGGAGAGUAUUUACACGACCAGUGAGACCGGCUUUCAUAUUGAUGAAAUUCCAUCUUUACUAACGGGUAAGAUAAACGAGCCCGGGGUCGACCAUAGCUAUUCCUACUUCGGGACAAAAUUUUCUUCCUUUGCCUGGCACAGGGAAGACAUGUGCCUGUACAGUAUCAAUCAUCAUUUGGAGGGUGCCCCGAAAAUAUGGUACACCCUUCCAGCCACAGAAUCUGAAAAAUUCGAGUUAUUUUUACAUAAGACUUUCCCGGAAGCAAAUUAUUGUAAAGGGUAUUCUUGCCAUAAAAGAAAUGUAGUUUCACCGCAAAUCCUGGAAAAAAAUGGCUUCCACCCACACAUGAUAAUUCAGCGGCCUGGCGAAAUCGUUAUUACGAUACCCAAUGGAUACCAUGGUGGAUUCAACAUCGGAUAUAACUGGGCUAUUGCACGAAAUUUUGCAACACCAGGAUGGUACCCAUUUGGGGUCGAGGCAAAGACGUGCUCCUGUGGAGGGACCCAAUCCGGCUUUAAAUUUGAUAUGGCAAUUUUCAAUGCAGAGGAGUUGCAGCCAGGCCCAAGCGGCAUCACUCCAACAGAUGCACAAAUUAAAGCUUGUGAAAAAUGCCGGAAUCCAGAAAGGCUCAUUAAGGGAUUUUGCAAGCGAUGCUAUAUGCAGGAUUACCACGCAAAAGAAAAAGAAUUGCUGAAAGUAUGCAUCGACUGCGGGCGAAAGCAGAGGAAUGGCAUGGGCGAGAAGCCCUAUGUACCGGCCAGGGAUGCAACCGGCUGUAGAUGCAAUACCUGCGUCACCAGAUGGUCGCGUCAACAGAAAAAUUAGCACCAUGAUUUAAUAGCUGAUCAAUACAGAACACCCCUCUCAGAAAAGCACUGACGCAACACGAUUUUUCAGUUAAGUUUUAGAGGAGAAAGCAUUUUUCAAAAGAUGCGACAUCAUACAUCCAAAGCUUAAAUAAUUUCAUGAUUUUCUCCGAUCAUUGAUGAUAUUAAGGUAGCCAUGGAUUCUCUACUCGAGGUUCCUUCCACACAUGGCAGAAAACAUCUACAGGCAUACAGCAAAUGGCUUCAAGUUAAGGAAUUUGUAUGGCGUAGUCCACUAAUGUGAAACCUAGCUUAAAGCAGGGGUACAAGAAAGUAGACGAACGGGACUGGAAGAUAUGCAGACUUUUGAGUGCGAUUCGCAUAGUAUUAUACACAAGAGAGAGGAGAGCGGUUCUCUAUAGUAAAGAUUUCGUAUAAAUAGUAUGCAUUCUCUGCUCAGUAUCGCAAGGAAAAAAUCAUGAUUGAUAAAAUAUUUCUCAUCACCAUCAUCAUUGCUGUUGUUGGAGUGAAU